AUGUACAAUUUCUUAUAUUCUACAUUUGCAGCUUCCAUCGACGAUGAAUUUAUGAAUAAUUGUUGGAAAACCUUCGUUUCACCCUCGAUUUCCAUGACAUUUCGACAAGCUGCCAUUUACUAUCUAUGCAGUUUCAUCGCCCGUGCUAACUAUAUCAAAAUCAAAUCUGUAUUAACUCUAACACAAUCUAUGGUAGACUGGUUACAUAUGUACAUGAGUACAACCGAAACGGAUACAUGCAGGACCAAUCCGAAGCGUCAUAUACCGUUCUAUGCAAUUUGUCAAGCAGUUCUCUACAUAUUUAUCUAUCGACAUCAAGAAAUUGCUCGAUUAUCGAAUGGUAUCGAAAGAGUUUUUCAAUGGCGACUGAAUCAUGUCAUAUCAUCGAAAUUGAAUCCAUUGAAAUUUUGUCUACCGGCUAUAACACUUCAAUUUGCUCAGCUGGCGAGGAAUUAUCAAAUUGCUUUUUGUUAUUCCAUCAUCGAAACUAAUCGUCGUUAUUCACUACCCGAAAUGUUUUCAUUCGAUAAUUACUCAUCGAUCGUACCAUCUCAGAUUCUUCAUGCCUACUUUCCAUUUGAUCCUUACGUCUUGAAGCGUUCAUCGAUAUUCAUCCGACCUAUUUACAACGAGUAUCAGGAUGAAAGCGAAGAUUUCAAUAGAGCAGAUACAAACGAGAAUGAGAAUAUUCUCCAGUCAUUGAUGAUGAGCACAACGCCGAGCAGUCUUCACUCGAUUGAUGGUGUGUAA